UUAACCCUCUGGAGACGGAGCCUUUUCGGGGUGUAUGUGCCAAAAAGACGGAGCAAUUUUUACGAGCUCGAGACUCACAUUGCAAAAAAAUUUAUAAAAAAUAAACUAUUCCCUUAAUAUAUGUAAAACUAUAUAUAUUCUUGUAGGAAAUUGAAUGAACUAAUACAAUCUUUAUGAAUCAAACUGACAUAUCAAAAUUUAUGCAAAUGAGGUGCCCUUAUUUGCAUAAUUUAUGCGUGUAAUUUUUUGUUACACCUAGAAUAAACAUGACUUACUUGUAUCAAUUGUGUGAAUUUUUUGAUGGAUGAAGCCUGAAUAAGUCCUAAUACUUAUUUUUUGGGGGAAAAGGGCCCAUGAAGGCCCUUCAGACACCUCUGGCACAUGGUUCUACUCCUUUCCCACCCCCACCCCCUAUUUUUCAGUUGUUACAGACACACUGUAACAGGCCCCCAUUUAUAACCUAGGGACCUUCUCUUAAGCUGAAUGUUACUGACAAAUGUGUCUGCAUAUCAAUUGGUCUCUCUCAUUAACACUUGAGUGAUAUUUAGUGUAAAAAAUAGCAUAAAAUACUCAAAUGGGGUGCUUAUGACUUAUUUAUAGGACUUAUGUUGUCUAAAAAUUCAGAGGGGUCAUCUCUGUCCAUUUGAGGACCCCUAAUACUAGUAAUACUAAACCAAGAGUUCACAACAUUAGCAUUACCCUCAAUUUGAAAGUCUUCAUUAAAAUUCACGAUGUAACUACACACACACACAAAAAUUCCUGCAAACAAAUAAAUUGAGUUCACCUUCAACGAACGCCGCCAUUACAAUGCCGGGAUGUGCAGGAAUACGUAUGAAUAAUUUUGAUUCGCUGGUACAACGCCAAGCCAGCCAAUCGUGAGGCUCGAUCUAUCAGGCCGACGGCUCGGACUUGACGUCUUUCUCGCUAGUGUACCUCGGGCCAAUAGAUCGGCCCUUACGUCUCCAGAGGGUUAAUGGCCAUGGCUUACUUAUCAUCCUUAAUUAAAUUUUUAAAAAUAAAUUAAUUUACUGCUUAUAUUAUUUAUAUGAAUUAGUAUUAAUAAUUAAUAAACCAAGUCCAUCAUCAAUUUCUUCUCGGAUUCUUUAUUUACCUUGCCGUGCCUUAAUUAUACUUAAUAACAUAAUAGGCACUGCAAAGCAAGGCAGGCUACUAAAACAUUUGUAUAGUCUGCGCCGGAAUAUCUGAAAUCUAAAUUAUUUGAUGUUAGUGCUAUUUCAUUCAUAAAAGUAUUAUUACUAUUAUUAUAUCCCACAAUUGUGUUCCGUUCCCGUCCUUUUGCUUUGUUAUUAACUCAUGGGUUAUUUUUUGUUUGUUAUUUUAAAAAAGGGUAAGAAAUAUCAGAAUGUCACUUUCAGAACCAGCCCACAAGAUAGCCAACGAUUUACAUGAGCUGUUGAGCUCUUAUGACAAUCUUGGCAAUGACAAUAUUUUUACCAAUGGCCACAUCAUCAACAAGGUUAUUGCAAAUAAAAAAAGUUUUCACAAGACUGCCAAGGCAAUACUUUUAGAAAUUCAAAAUUUAACAACGCCACCUUGUGUUAUGGAAGUUGAUAAUAGGAUUAUAAAUAAGUUAAGUUUAUCAAUAUUGAGUCUUUAUAAGAAUUAUGGAAAAUUAAUUCGACACAAAUCAGAGCAUUGGGAUGACAUUGUUAAACUUUUAUCAGAAAAGUUUCCCAUCUUAAGUGGUACAAAUCCAAUGGAUACCUUAAUUAAAAAAACUGUUAAGACAACAGAACCUGGACCAUCAUCUAGUGAAUCAGGUCCAUCAACUAGUGAAUCAGUUCCAUCAACUAGUGUAUCAGUUCCAUCAUCUAGUGAAUCAGUUCCAUCCACCAGUGAUCAUGGUCUUGUUAGUUUAAGAAAGGAAUGUCAAAAUUGCACUUUAAAAAGAAAGACGAAUGAGAAACUUUGGGAAGAAAAUAAAAGACUAAAAACUCAAAAAAAGGCAAUUGAAAGUCAGUUUAAAGUUAAAAAAGUUAAUCAGAAAGUUAAAAGACUAAUUAGUAGUCUCCAAAUAAAACAACAAAGAAAUAGAGUUUUAGUAAGGCAAAAUUCAAAUUUAAAUAGAACCGUUACAUUCUUAAAGGAAAAGCAACUGAGGAAUAAAAUUAUUAUAAAGCAACUUAAAAGAUCAAAAAAAUAUUUGGAGGAUUUAAAGAAUACAAAUAAAAUACUUAUUAUGAAUCAGGAGGUCAAGAUCCACAAACUGCAAAAAGAAAUUUUGGCACGCUCAACAGAAAUAAUAGUUAAACAAGACUCUGUCUUGACAAAUUAAGCUACAAUAUUUUUAAAUCAUAUUUAAUAAAAUGAGAUGCUAAAAUAAGGUGCUAUCUAUUUAUAAUAAAACAUUUAUAUAUUUUUCAUGCCCUUACAAACCACCAACAGCUGAAUCCCUUUAAUUUUUUAAGACACCACCUCCCCUUCCCCACUUCAAGUAACGAUACAAAUUAGAUUUUCUCCCCACUCCAAGUUCUUUAAGUUUUAAGUGUACAUGUAUAGAAAGAUUAAUUACAACAUUUUGAGCAGAGCCAUUUCUGCUAAUGAAUUUCAUAUAUAUAUUUUGUACCCAUGAUUGAUCAUUUUUGUAUCAAGAACUACAAACUUAUUUUUUCACAUUUAAUUUCUAAUUUUAAAAAACAAAAAAACUGAAUUAUUUUUUUUAUUCCACUCCAGAUAAAUGGCUUUAUUAAAACUUAUUCUUUAUUUGUAAAAUAUUAAAGUAUAGUACCGGGUAUUAAAGUUUAGUACAAUAAACAGAAUUUGCAAUUUUAUGCAAUAGUUAAUGGAUCAAUCCUAAAUCCUCAAAGUCAAAGACAAGUUUCAAUUGUAUUUUUUUUUUUUUAAGUUUAAUAAAAAUAAGAAACCUGAGAAUACUAACGUAACUAAAAUAAGACAGACAAGUUAUAACUUGAUGAAAAUUUCCCCCUUUAUACAUACAUUAAAAUGCAAAAAAAUAAAUAAAUAAAAUAACGUUUUUAGUACUAGUAGCCAUAAGUUUUAGAGAUACCUAUUAGUGACUUAACCUCUCAAGUUUUAAACUUUAAAAAAUGUGGGAAAUUUUUGUAACUUAAAGAAUGGAACCAAUAGACUCAAUAGAAUUAUGUGUGAUAUAAGUUUAGUAGUAUUGAAAGAACAAGAGCUCAGUUUUAAAAGGAAGCAGAUGUGAAUAAAAGUAACAUGGCAGGCACCAAAAAAGCAAAUGAGAAAAAGGAAAGUUGUGAAAUUUGCCAGCAAGUGCUUGGCAGCAAGAAACAUCUUCUUUUUGGAGCUAAGUGUAUACGUUUUGGGAUACGUGAAAAACUGAAAGCCUUCCUACACCCACAAGAUUUUAAAGCUUUGUUCAAUGAGAGAACCAUUGGAGAACCAAGAAUCUGCAAUUUAUGCUUCAUCACAAUUAAACAAAUAUCAAAAGGGAUAGGCACCUUACGAGAAUUGUUUGGAGAUCCAAUUAAUGUUAAACUGUACAAGCCCCACAGAUGUGAUUGGGAUCACAGGCCUGAGCAUAUUCAACAGCAAUUUACAAAUUUAACACUUUCAUCUUUUGCUGAGGAUGCUGGGAGACAUAAUCAACAAACAGUUACGUGUUCAACACAUGAGAAAAGGAAUAGAAAUAUAUCAGGCAGCAGAAAACUUUGCCUUGCCAACAAAGCUCAGCUAAUAAAAAGUCAGCCAAAUCAUGAGUUAUCUGUUUCAUUGUAUGACCUAGAAGUAGAAGAGAAGUGUGAUGAAUCAGAUAAAGAUGGCAUGUGUGAUGAAUCUGAUAAAGAUGUCAUAAAUAAAGCUAAAGCCAAGGAAAAUAAAAGAUUAAAGAAAUAUGCCAAACAGCGGAAGAACACAGUUCAGAAUAAAUUAGACAAAUCUGGUAAGUUUUAUUUUAUUUAUCAUUAAGUUUUUUGUUUCUUGUACAGUGCUUAAAUUAGCUUUAAAGAAAUAUGACAUUGGUUUAAGUUGCACAUUUUUGUUAUACAAAAAUUGAGGAUUGUUAAAAUUAUUUUUAUGUGAUUCUGUACCGGUAGCAAAAGUGUCCUAGUGAACCUUGGAUAUGUAUUAUUUUGUGAAAUGCUCUGAAUAUGUCAUUCACUGACCCUAUCUAAAACUGCUCACAAGAUUACCAAUAUUGACGGAAAGCAAGUUACUUGACUGAGUACAACUUUUGUUCACAAAAUUAAUAGAUCUUUCAAAGUUUAUGGGUAAAAAUGAAAUGUUUUCCAAUAAGUCAGCUAUAUGCAUUAUGAUGCUUAACAGACAGUAACCAUUGAUUAGCAUAUUCUUAAUUAAACUGUGAUGCUUAACAUUAUUUGUCUGCAAGAACCAAAAAGAAACAGAUAAAAUGUUCUCUGCUCAAAAAAUGGUGGCCAACCUGUGUUGAGAGAGAUCAAACUAAUUUUGUUUUGUUUGUUGUGAGCCUUUAUUUCCAUCAAAAUCCAAGGAGUCAUUGAAAUUUGAAAAUGCCUUUCAUUGAAAUGUUGUCACAUAAAAUCUUCUUAUAUUUUCAUUUGUAGAUCAAAUAAAAGUCAGUCAAAGACAAAGGAAUACAUUGAAUCCCUCAAUGAUUACAACUGAUAAUAAACAGUCGGAAGCCAGGAAUGAUGAGGUUGAAUGGAGCGAUGUGUUGAUGGUGAAGAGAGGGCCAUCUUGCAGGCACGUCUCAUCGCCAAUACUCACUACUCUGUUAGAUGUCCCACAUCAGUCAACAAAAUCUUCUAAGACAAGGCAGAAGAGAAGACUAAAAGAUAUUGAUAGAAAGGAUCAAAAUUUAAAAACCAAAAAGCUAAAGAAGAAUAUUGUAUUCAAUAAGAACAAUGCUGAAUACAACAGUUUAAGUGCAAGAAGAAAACGAAGAAAUUGUUGUGCAAGAGAUAAAAAGCAUGAUAAAACUGGUAAGGAAUCUUUUAAAUAUCUUCAAUGAGUUGGACCAAAAUUCAAUUACACAAUUAAUGUGUACCGGUAUUAUAAUUUAAUCUUUGAGAAAUUAGUUUGCAAGUUGUUUCACCUAAAAAUGGGGUUAAACUUUUCUAUACUCAAAAUAAUCUUGUCUUUUUAUUAUUAUCAUAUUGGUAAGUUUGUUGGAAAUUAUUAUAGAUUGAUUCUUGAAUGAAUUCAUAAUGAUUCUUUUUUUGCACAAUUGCUAAGUGUUCCAGGUAUUUUACAAAGUAGAAUAGAAAAAUUCCUGACCAAAUUAAAGUCCAGUCUAAAAUUAAAGAAUGACAAAAAUGUACACCUUGUUUAGUUCUCCAACUAUAAAAUAUGAGAUGUCUGUAAAAAGUGUGAAGAUAAAUAAAGAAGUUUCUUCGAUGUAAUUGAUCCUUCCAGUUGAGCAACGUGGCAGGUACAGGUGCACAUAUCAAGGCUGCGAAAUUUCUUUUGUAAGGAAAGAUAAAUAUGAGCUUCAUCUCUGUACCCAUUCACCAGAGAGCAUCUUGUACUGCGAGAAGUGUGGAAAGAAGUUUGGCUGUCAGCGCUACUUGGAUGUUCACUACAAAGUCCAUGAGAGUAAGUGAAAUUGUAGAAUUCAAAGCAAAUUCUAUUUGAAUCAUUUAUAUUUAGAUUUCAUCAUCAUCAUUCAGAUCCCUCUAUUUAUCAAACAAGUAAUUUCCAAUGAAUAUUCAAGAAAAGAGAUUUGUUUGGUGUUGAAAUGAUUAUAUGUCAAGUAACUUACUCUUAUUUUCUCCCUCACAGCACAUGCGGACUGCAAAUAUUAUGUUAUAUAAAGUAAGAUUUUUCUAUUUUUCCACAAGAGAAUGAAAGAAAUGCAACCAGUCCUCCUGAAAAAUGUGUGUCUUGUGAUGUUUCUGGAUGUGACAGGAAGUUUACAAGCCGCAUCUAUAUGAAACGUCAUGUCAUUUCUUACCACAUGGGGAAACGGCCUCUUCCAGUACCUGGCAUCUACUACUCUUGUACUUUUGAAGGUUGCAGCAAAAAAUUCUCACUCAAAUCAACACUGUCUCGACAUCGCAUGUUAGUUCACAAAGGAGGGGACUACAAACUUGGUAGAGAUGUUGUCAAAUAUCCCUGUACAUAUGAAGACUGUGGAGAACAUUUUAAUCGUAAGAACCUCUUGGAGAAACACUUGGUCCUAGAACACAACAAGCCCCCCACAAAAAUGGAAUCUCUCCCGACCAAAGAGCUGCAAUCAAAGGAGCACAUUUGUAUUGAUUGUGGAAUGGUUCUUCCUUUUAUCCACAUUCCUCACCACCAGAAAAUGUAUCACAGCCUGGAGACAACUCUUGAAACACACGUAAGUCAUUUGUAAAAUAUCUGUUUCUAUUAAUAUCUCAUUUCCAAUUUUUCAAUGCCUUUUAAACAUUUCUUACACUGUUAAAAAGUUGGGUUGAGACACAUAUUUUAAGUGGGUGGAUAGAAACAUAUUUUAAGUGGGUGGAUAGGAGACACAUACUUUAAGUGAAUGGCUUGAGAAAAAUACUAAGUGGUUGGAUAGAUACACAUAUUUUAGAGGGGUGGAUAGAGGCACAUACUUAAAGUGUAUGGAUAAAGACACAGAUGUAAGAGAUGGCAGUGUAAAGUAUUGUGUCAUCCUCUGCCACACAGUUAUGUCACCUUGUUUUUACACUAUAACUUUACUGUCAGUUUGGUUUCAGCUGUAUCAGACAGAAUAUUAUUUCCACAUAAUGUCAAAGCACUUAGAGACUCACAUCCUAUUUAAUGUUACCCACGUGAACUGUUAACACUAAAUAAAACUUUUAUCUACGAAAUAUUAUUCCUAGAAAUGCUUAGCCUUUGAAAAACAUUGUAUCAUUAUUCAUCUUGUAUGUGUGUGUAAAACAUUAUUCUAAAAACUUAAUUCUUCAUUCUUUCGCCCCAAUGUUUACUUAAGCCUAAACUUUACCUUUGCAAUAUGGUUGACUGUCAAAUGGAAUUCUCUUCUGAAGUGGAGCGUCGGAGUCAUGUUGAAUCUCACUUAGGUCUGUGUCACAUUUAAAAUUAAACAGUAUUAUUCAUCUCAAGUCUUUGGCUUUUUCAAACACAGAGAUGUUUUAACAAUGAUCUCCUUUUUCUUUUUUUUUUAAUUUCAGAGUCAUAUUUAAUAUAGUAUAGCAGGGUCAGUGGGCAAAAGAAAAGAUCACACUAUCUCCUUUGUGAGCAGAUAAACUUAUUUUUAAAAAAAACAUGUAUGAUCUUUAUCUGGAUUAGAGUUUGUUUUUUUUAAAUCUGACUCAUUUUUGUUCUUUAGCAAAUCCACCCCUCAAAUGUACAGUUGAUGAGUGCAAAGAAACUUUUUUCCUUCCAAAAAGCCUUGACAACCAUCUGUGGAACCACUGUAAGAAAAGAUCAACCUGUGAUGUGAAUGGGUGUUCUCAAACCUUUGAUGAUCAGCUACAGCUGGCCAAGCACAGUAAAAUCCAUUUUGGUAAAACUAAUCAUCUGAAAUUUUUCAAAUCUUGCUCCCCUUCCAGUUACAUUUAAAGAACUAAUACACUCUUACAUUAUAUUUGUUUACAAAGAACAAAUACUUUCUCCGCAAAUAAUGUAAUGAUACUGAUAGAGAAUAAAAGGGUUAAUUACCACAAAUGUUAAACUCAUCGCUACUUAAUUAUUUUGUCAAUUUCCUGCUAUUUAACACUGUCAUAUUUGUCCAUACAAACAUCAUUAGGGUCUAGUUUUUCCCAAAUUAAAACCACAGUCGUCAAUAUUCUAUAAUUUUCUCUAGUCAGUUGUCAAUAUUCUGUCACAUUCACUUUUCAAUAUUCUAUCACAUCCACUUGUCAGCUAUCAAUAUUUUAUCACAUUCACUUGUCAGUUACCUUAAUAUUACUAAAAAAAAGUACAUUUUUAAAUACGAUAUUUCUUUUCUCUAUUUCAUGCUGUCGACAGUAUUAGUGUUCUACAUGCCCAUUAUGUUCUGCAGUUGUUAUAUUAUGAGUUAAUGAAAAUUGGUAUGUUCAGUAUUUUACAAUUGUUUUAACGCUCUCUGUAAUAUAUUCUUGUUAUUAACUGCCAAUAAAAGACUACCUAUAUUUUAGAUGGAAAAAUGAAAUGUCCCUGGAGAAACUGUUCCAGCAUUUUCAAAGUCAUGGGAACACUUAAGCAACAUAUCCUUGCUCACAGUCGAUGUUUGAAAGCCAAUUUUGGUGGAGACUUUGUAUGCAAUGUAUGUGAUCUUGUCUUUGCCAGCAACUAUGGACUUAAGACUCAUAAAAGGAUUCAUGGUGCUGAAACAUCAGGUUUGUUACAAGCUGUUUGGAAAAAUUUCCUUUGUCUUGUCUUAUUUGAAACAUCAGAUUUGUUACAAGCUAUGAGGCAAGAUUUCUUCUUCUUCUAUAUCUUAAGGGCCCACUAUCAAUUUAUUGAUCAUUUUGGCUCCUAUGCAUGUAGAUGGGAUUUGCAAUGUUUCUGUUACUGGUGUUGAUGAGGAAAUCAUGCACUAGGGGUUUGAAGGCUUGAGACAAUGGACACAAAUGUGUCUUGUGUUGUCGCCUCAACCUUUCCUUUUGAAAGAUUGUUCCAGUCCCUGAUUGUCUUGGGCAGGAAUGAGCAGCUUUGAUGAGCAGGAAGAUUUGCUUUGUCUUGUCUUAUUUGAAACAUCAGAUUUGUUACAAGCUAUGAGGCAAGAAUUGCUUUGUCUUUUUUUCAUUUUUCAGGCUCAAUUUUAAACGGCAGUUUUUACAAAACAAAACAUGUCUUUUCAAUUUUAAGUAAUGUAGAAACCAAUGUAAGGAGCUCAGGCUUGUACUAGUUUUAAAAUUUAAAAAAAAAUAUAUUGGAUUCCCUAAACUUUUAUUGAUUCAAUUGAGUUACCAUCAAAUUUGAUGAGAUAGAACUAUGCCGUAAAAUAUAACUAAAAUUUAUUAUUUUUUAAAAUGACUAACAUUGUCUCCUUUGAUUUCAGAUAAUAUUGAGGUGACGGAAAUACAAGGGUAUCGCUGCGAAGAACAGGGUUGCCAAGCAGAAUUUACUAAACAUAAAGAUUUUUUUGAUCACUUCCUCAACCACUAUGUUUUGACUGACACCAGCUGUGAGGUUGACGGAUGCAAGGAAAAGUUUUCAAAUCUACUACAAAAAUCUAAACAUGGGAAAAUGCACUUCGGUAAUAUGAAAUUUAAAAUAAAAACUUAUCAUUUUUAAGAUGAUGUCAUUUAAAAUUCCUGGGGCUCUAGACUAUGCGCCUGCCAUGGAGUAUUAGCCUAGUAUUUCCCUGGGGGAAAUUGACAUGCACAAGAGAUUAUUUGUGCAAAAACCUGUGUAACGAUAAGCGUUCAGCAAACAAUAGCUGAACGAGUAUAACCACAGGAACAGUUUAGGGACCAUGAUGACAGGUGCAAUUAACAAAUAAGAGAAGAGAGCUGAAAAUUAACUUGCUAAGUUGAUACAAUGCACCACCUGUAUUGCUUUUAUGUAGCUCUCCAUACACCAUCUUGAAGGCUUGGCUUUUAGGCAGCUGUUUCAUCCAUACCUAAAUGCAGCGGUUCUCAACCUGUGGAUCGCGACCCCUUUGGAGGUCACGGGACCCUUUCCCAGGGGUCGCCUAAGACAUCUGAAAACACAUAUCCUUACAGCUAUGAAGUAGCAAAGAAAAUAAUUGUGUGGCUGGGGGUCGCCACGACACAAGAAACUGUAUAAAAGGGUCGCGGCACAAAAAGGUUGAGAACCACUGCCUUAAUGUUUGAUGGAAGCCACAGAAUCCAAGCCUCCGAAUGGGAAUGGGUGACAGUAUUUAAUGUACCAUUCUAAAACAUGGCACUUGAGGUGCCUGGCCAAGUCAGUGCCAAGGACAAUUGCCUUCUUGUGUAAUGUUUUUGGGAAAGUACUUUGAGUGACCUCUAAGUACCUUUCACUUGGUAGACAAUGCUGUCAAGUGAACAGGUCAGAGAGGCAAGUUGAGAAGGGGUGGGUACAUGGUGUAACAGUAUGACAAUUGAGUCUCUCCCUACUUUUAGAUGAUCUGAUUGCUGUGUGAUGUAAUGAUUUUUUAAAUGUCUUGUUGAGUUUAAGUGAUGUGAUUGUUGUGUGAUGUUAGGAUUUUUUAAAUGUCUUGUGGGAAUUACAUGAUGUAAUUGUUAUGUGAUGUAAUGAUUUUUUGAAUGUGUUGUGUGAGUUUAAAUUGAUGUGAUUGUUAUGUGAUGUAGUAAGGAUUUUUUUAACAUCUUGUGGGAUUUUUAAAAAAAGGAUGACAUAAAUCGAUUUGAAUACAGAUAAUUCAAAUAAGUGAUAUUUAAUUGUAUUAUUAUAUACUUAUUAUUAUGAUUGAAACUGAGUGAUCUAUGUACUUUUGUUACAGAUGGCAAGUAUCAUUGUCCCUGGGAUUCUUGUGUUAAAACGUUUGCCUCUUCCUUCUUCCAUGUAAAAAAACAUGUUUACCGGCAUGUUAUGUCUGUUGAAUCAGUAGCGGCAGGCAGACCUCUGAAAUGUUCACAUUGUGAUAUGGUGUUUCGCCUUGAGUGCAAUCUGACCAAUCACACGUCACAGCAUUCUGAAAAAUCAGGUCUGUUUACAACUUCAAGUUGAAUAUAUUUAUGGAUUUUUUUUAUUUUAAAAUAUCUUCUUCAAUUAAAUGUAAACCAUCAUAAAUUAUAACUAAAGGUAUAGUCGUUGGGUUGAAAUGGUUGAUUAGUUUUAUAGUUUUAUUUUUCUUGGCUACUUAAAGACAAUUGCCCUCUUGUAAAUGUUAAUCUGUUUAUUUUUAAUGUAACUUUAUCUAAAGAUGAAAAAUGAAAUGUAUGAUGUUUUUAAUAAAUAUGUAAAUACUAUUUAUCCUGUUGGAAAUGUAAGAAAUUUGCUGACAUAAUCCAUAAGUUUAGAACAAAAUAAAACCUGAAUAUAAUUAUUCAAAAAAUUGUUACCCGCUACUUUUUUUUUUUUUCUACCCUUAUAAGACAUAGUUGUGCAGCCAAAAGUUGACUUUUUUUUUCACUGUUAAAAACUUUUGCGACAGAUUGCUCCCGAGCUCUUUCUAAACUUAAAAUUAGAAUAAAAGGAAUAGGGGCAUAAAAAGGUUGAAAUCUAAUUAUUUUGUAUAAUUCACAUUACAUAUAAUUUUUAAAUAAUUAUUAUAGUGACUUGAAUUUCAGAUUAUGUCUGUCCAGUAUGUGGUAAGAAGUUCCGCCACAAUCAUCUAAAACGACACAUGUUGACUCAUCGACUAGAAAAGCCCCAUGCAUGCUCACACUGUGGACUGCGAUAUGGAACAGUCAAUGGACUAAAGUUUCACAUAUUGCAGAGCCAUGGAAUUGGUUAGUGUUAAGAAAUGUGAUACCAAAUAAUUAAAUCUAUUCCUGGGUAAUAUGAAUGACUUAUUACUAAAUUAUUCGUUUUUGUUACCAUAUAGUUUAAAUAAGGAAUCACAUGAUGCUCAUAUCCCACAGUCCUGUCACAAUCUUAAUAUUACAUUCAUCCCAUUAAAAGUUUGUUAGUUGAUCAAUUCAUUUACCGUGUUAUCUUUACAUCUAUUGAUUUUUGUUUUUUUAAUAGGAAAAUGGCCAUACAAAUGUAGUUUUUGUGAGAAAGGCUUCAUAAGCAGCACAGAAUUGAGACGUCAUCUUCCCUCACACACUAAGGAGAAGCCAUUCUCAUGCUCUGCUUGUGGUGUCAGUUUUGCUACACACACCGGGUAUAAAGGACACAUGAGAAAACAUUCAGGUGAUUCAUAGUAAGAUGUAAUCAAUAAGAGAUGAUAAAAAUAAUAACUAGGCAAAUUACUGAACUACUCAUGAAAUAUUUCAAUAUUAUAUCCAAUGUUUUAAAAUGAAUUACUUAUUGUGAAAAGUUGAACUAUCACACUUCUUUAUUUCAACAAUUAAUCGAUUUUAAUCCAUUUCAGUUUACUUAAACGUUAUUGAUUUGUUUAACAUAGAAGACUUUAAAUGUUUUAAAAUAUUUUGUCACCAGGUCAAAAGUACACUUGUGAUGUGGAAGGUUGUGACAAGGAAUACACAACACCCCUGUCUUUAAAAGGUCACAAGGCACAGCAUGCCGGGUUCAGUAAAACAUGUUCUUAUUGUGCAAAAACUUACAACAAUCCAUAUGGACACAAAUGUAAAGCAAGACGAGGUGCAAAGUUUGUCAUAGCUGAGCAAGGUAAGAGCUUAUAUUAUCAAGUUUAUUGGGACAAUGGAAGGUCGUGAAACUUUUAAUGUUAUAGAAGUCCAAAAUUAGAAUGAACAAUUUUUUAAAGUUUUCGGUUUUACUAAAAUGUGUGGGAAUAAAAUUAAAUACUUUUAAACUUGUAGUGUUAAACUUAACUAAAUGAUCUCUUUCACAGGUCAGAAAUUUGUGUGCAAUAAUGAGGGGUGUGGAAAGGAAUUUACUGCACAUUCAUCUUUGCAAGAACACAUGACCCAGCACACAGGAAUUAAUUCAAUAAGUCCGUACUCGGCACAAACUCACACUGAUCAGACUGACCACCAAUGUAAAUCCAGCCAAGAUAAUGUAAACGCUGCUGGACUUGUGGCAGGUAUGAUCUUGUUUUAUUAGUAGUGAUUUUAACAUUAGUAUGUUUGUCAGUAUGUUUAAAUCCUAACUGCUUUGUGCAAUGUUUUUUUCUAAAAUCAUAACAGUAUAUAACUUUGUAGUUGGAGGUAGAUAUAAAAUUGUAACUUUCUAUAAGUCCAUGAAAUUUUUUUAUGCAUCUAAAAAUUAAGAGAUUUGAAUUGAACAAACACCGAAUAUGAAAAAUAAUAGUUAAAUUUUACGCACUAAAAAUUAUUUAUUUAUGACAUAAGCCACUUUUAGACCUGCAGUUAAGUCACUUUCCACUUCUCUUUUAGGGGACACUAAUUCACAGCUGCAAAUGGACAUUCUGUCUCCAGCAACCGAUGCACUAGUCAAAGAUCAUCAAAUACACAGAGAUUUCAUGCUGACCAGCUCCACUCCUGUAUCAGACAGUUUGCCACAGUCAGUGACCCAGGGUUUAACACUUCAUAACAAUUUAAUUCAUAGUGAAGCACAAUCUGAUUUCACCAGUGAGUCAGACAUUGCCAGAACUACUAACCUCAUCCAGCCAGGAGUCUUUACUGCCAAUAGUUAUUGUGUCUACUGGGAUCCAGUAUUGUCCAUAGAAUUAUUGUAAAGAAUCUUAAGCCUUGAUUGUUGGUAUUUAGCAUAUUACAUAAAAAAAAGAAGAGUUAAUUCAGAUGAUAAACAGUAAAACAGUAGUAAAAAUUCCCCCCCCCCUCCCGGGUACGGUGAAACUAAAGGUUAUAAGACAGUGAACUUGAUAAUUUUGUCAAGAAGGACAAUAUUUAUUUCAUGUUGUUAAUUUAAGAACAGGAAUCUGUAUAACUUGAGCUGGCAUACCUAACCAAUGAAUUAUCUCUAAUUAAAUCAAAAUUUCUACAAAUUUCUAAUCCAUUUUGGACAAAAUUGCUAUUGAUAGGUAUAAAAAGAUCAAAUUUGAUGAAAAUCUGACUUAAAAAAUCCUAUUUUCAUUUAGAAGUUGUGUUUUAUCCUUUUAGUGAGACAGUAAACAUGUUUUAGAAUGCCUGCUCAACGAAGAGGAGAGUAUUCAUGAAUUUUUCAUGCUGUUACGCAAUAUAGAUGUGGUUUGGCAUCCUCUAGAAAAGUAAAUUUUAUCUAGUCACUAGAGAUCUCUUAUUUAUUUAUUCAUGGAACUGUCUCUUUUGUUGGAAUUGUUAGUUUUGUGUACCAUUGAUUCAUGUAGAAUUUUUUUACAGUAAUCAGGUUCAUAAUUUCUUUAUUUAAAUGUUAAUGUUGAGCAAGUAGGAGACGCAAUUAAAGAAACGUGUAUAGCAAUUAACCACUGGGU